CAGCGGCGCGGGGCGUCGGUAUCGCUCGGCUCUGGCGCGGCGUCUCCUCCACCCCCUCGUGAGCCUGGGGAACCUGCAGCUCAAAGCCGCCGCCAGCCACACCACCAUGUACCCCGGCAACAAGCGGAAAAAGCUGUGGCGGGAGGAGAAAGAGCGUUUGCUGAAGAUGACCUUGGAAGAAAGACGCAAGGAGUACUUGGGGGAUUAUGUUGCAUUGAAAACUAUUCCAACUUGGAUGGAAGACUUGAAAAGUAAGAGUGAAAGUGAUGGUGAAAACGCUAAAGAAGAUCUGCAAGGGAAGAAAAGUCUGAGUGAGAAAGUUUCUCUCUACAGAGGUGACAUUACGCUGCUUGAGGUUGAUGCCAUCGUUAAUGCUGCUAAUUCCAGCCUUCUUGGAGGUGGAGGAGUGGAUGGCUGCAUACACCGAGCUGCAGGGCCCUGCUUGGUGGCUGAGUGUCGCAACCUGAGCGGCUGUGAGACUGGGCAGGCCAAAAUCACCUGUGGAUACGACCUGCCUGCAAAAUAUGUGAUCCAUACUGUUGGGCCAAUUGCAAGAGGCCACCUCACUGACACUCAUAAAGAAAAUUUAGCAAGUUGCUAUAAGUCCUCUCUGAAACUGGCAAAAGAAAACAACAUCAGAUCAAUUGCCUUUCCCUGUAUUUCAACCGGAAUUUAUGGUUUUCCAAAUGAGCCUGCUGCUGUCAUUGCCCUUAACACUAUUAAGGAAUGGUUAAGCAAGAAUCACAAUGAGGUGGAUCGUAUCAUCUUCUGCGUCUUUUUGGAGGUUGACUACAAAAUUUUCAAGAAGAAAAUGGGCGAGUUUUUCCCUCUAGGUGAUGCUAAUGAAGAAGGGGCUCAGCUGAAUCAAAAGAGAGAAGGCCAGCCUCCAUCUCCCACAAAGAGCAAAGAAGAGCAGCCUGAGGACCUGCAGGAUGAUGCUAAAGGUGGUGAUGGCACAGUGGAUAAGCCAAACACCGAAGAAAGUAAGACCCAAAGCCAAGAAGCAGGUGAAACAAAACCUUCAGCUGUAGCCAGCCUAUCAUCAGAAGACAUUGAGCUGAGUGAGAAUAAAGAUUCCCUGAAAGACUCCAAAGGCACGGAGAAGGGUGAUUCAGUGCAUCCUGUGGUGUGCGAACAAGAUCAAGCCAAAGGACAACAGGAUGUUUCUGCUAAUGAGGAGAUAAAAACUGGGGCAGAUUCCCAAGGCUCCUGCAUGGAAAUAGAAGAUCCACUGUUGAACCAAGAAGACACAGCAGAAGUUGAGAUACCUUUGAUUCUUGGUGCAGAGGAAAAUGAAAAAGGAAAAGAAGAAGAAGGAGGGAUACAAAAACAAAAGGAAACUUCUGUGGAGCCUAUGAAAAUUGACCUUGCAAGUCAACCAGCAGAUGUUUCAAAUAAAGAUGCUGAAAUGAAUAGUCAAGUUGAAAGUAUAAACGAUCCAAUGGAAACAGAGCAGAAAGCUUAAGUAACUGGAAGGUCGCAGGAGAGGAGAGACCCAAGGAAACCCUACGGGCAGGCGCUGACAUCCUACAGCAUCAUUCUUGGCCGAAAAGAGCACACAGAGAUGAUCAGCGGGUUGGGAGGGGGGUAGCUUUUGGGGGAAUGAGUCUUUGCUUUUCAUUUCUCUUUGUUCUUCAUACCAUUUUGUUCUGUAAGCCUGUUGGAAACAAUCAUAACUUCCCAGCUCUAACAAUGUUUUGCAAUUAACCCUGCAUUUACAACAGUUUCUUCUGUCUCUUUCUUGUUGUGAGUCCCUCUCUUAUACUGGGUCUUUUUUCCUCCUGCAUCAUACCAUCAGUAGCCUGUUUCCAGGCCCACCCCUUUUCUAGCAUCUUUAUCUUCUUUCCAUGAUCAGCCUAUCCUCUGCCAUGUCUUUGCAUAUGAGUAACACAUGUGGCCUCAAACAAUCAGCAUCCCAAAUCCAUCCUGCUUUUUCCAGUUAGUUCUGCACAUCUCAAAAACAGUGCUGUAAGUAUGAUCUUUGGGUACAGGUAGGCUACAGACAUUUCCUUGAUGCUGGAAAGACUGUGCAUUAGAGGUAUCUUUAAAUAUAGCUCCAAGCUUUAACAGUAGCUUUUGUGAGCCCUCAUUACAUUUUCCGCUGCAUAUGCAUGAAUUUUUAUUUUUUUUAAAAAAAGCAAUUAACAGUUAUUUGGAUAAGAGUGUCUCUCCAUAUGUCAAUUGUUCUGCCAGCAAAUGCUGCACUGAAAUUUGUAGAAAAGGAACAAAAGUUUUUAAUGUACAUUUCCCGACUGUACUGCAACCAAAACUGACAGAAAAUACACUGGAUGGAAGAGCACAUGACGUGUGUCCCUAGUGGGAUGGGCUACAAACUGCAUUUUAAAAUGCUGCGAAGAAUAAUUUGGUCAUUUUAAGCAAAGUAAGUGAUUCUAAUUUGAUAAUUUUAAGAAAAAUAAUUGGUUCUAUUAUCUUUUUUUCACCCAAAAUAUUCCUGAAUCACAGAACAGGUAUUUAAGGUAUUUAAUAUCUGGCCAGGGAAAAAAAAAAAAAAAAGAGUAAAGAAAAAGGUAAGAUAUAUCUCUAUCCCCCUGUGAUCUGGGUUCAUCCCAGCUGGGGCAGUUUCCAUGAUAAAUCCUGGAGUGUCAGCAAGUCAAGGGUGACGCAAGUGUACCUACCAUGGGCUAUGACAGUCAGUGGUUGUUAAUUCAAAAGGGUGUCAAGGAGAAACAAGGACUAGAAAGGAAAACAGGAAAAGCACGAGAUUACACACAGAGAGUGCAGCCCAUAGGACUACAUUCUCCUCAAAGACAUGUUUGCUUGAGGUGGAAUCAGAGGGUGCUGCCUCACACAGAUGGUGUAUUCAUCUGGGUGUGACUAGAGCCAGAGAGGCUCUCAAGGAGCCUCUUCAUCUCCUGGAGUGGAUGGACAACUCCAGACUGGAUCAAUUGUAGGAGUAAGUGAGCUAAUGUUAGUCUAUUAAUUGGUUUGAAAAUUUUGCUAAGAUUACCUGUAUUUGGUAACUACAGUUCCUCUGGCUCUUGUUCUCUCCAAAUACUCUUGAAGGGACUCCUUGUUCCCUUUGAGGUGCCUCUGAUGCCUUCCUUUCCCAACCUUGGGGUCAUGCUUGACAGAACAUGUCUUUUGGGAUGUAGACUUUUCUGCAUGGUCCUUUAUGUUUCUGUGUAUUUUCCAUACUGUGUUAUGAUUGAAACAGGCUGUCAUAAUAAGUAGGUCAACAGUGGAUAAAUGCAUCAGGAGGAUAAUAUAACUGUGAUAACUUCAACAGACUAUCCAGUCCCCUGAAUGUAGUUCUGUACCUGUUUUGACAACUUUAACGUUAGCCAUGAUCUAGAUGUCCCUCUUUUUUCACCAACUUUGGUUUUAGCAAGGGAGCCAAAGGGACACCCCAUAGGAAGCUGGAUGCUGAGGUGUGGUCAUUCAGGAGGAGAUAAAGAGUCCUUAAAUGUCUUGUGUAGACUGACUGGCAGUUAAAGAAAAAAAUAAGCUGCAAAGAUUCAUCGUAGUAGACAUUCUCUAGCCCCUGACAAUAAUUUCAUUUUGCUUUUUAUUUAACCUUGGUAGACCAUAGUAAGUCUUUGAAACAACCAUUUGCCCAAUGAUGUGUCAGCAAAGCAUGAAGUCCAGAAAAUGUAAAGCAAUGAAACCUAUGAGUAGAUUAAGUCCUUACUGUGCUGUUUGCAGAUUUGUUUAUAUCUGUCUUCCUUUGGGUGGGUUUUGAUUUGAAUUGUUGGCAUUUUUCACUACUCAUAAAGUGAGCAUGCGUUCUCAGCUGUGUUCAUAAUAGUCAAUGCAGUCAGUCUCUGAUGUUCUUCUGGAGAUAUAGAAAGGUAAGGAGCUGGUUUUGUAGAAGAACAAGUGUUAGAUGGAGAAUCACCACACUGGUAUUUCUGUCACAGAUUUUGAUUUGAAUUCAAAAUGUAUUCAGAGUAGGUGGUGUAAAGGAAAUAGCAGCCUUUGGGUGCUGAUGUUAGCACUCAACAGGAGGCUGUGCUUGAUUGUUGUUUCUCCUGUGUCUGAAAGUGCUCACCCCUAUCUUUAGGCACAAUAUUCCUCAGGCUGGUGACUGCUCCCAUGAUGACAUCCAAAGGUGAUACUUAGACAUAGUCUGUAAUAAAUGGGUCACUGCAGCUAAUUGUCACUCUUUCUAUAAAGCACUGAGAAAGCCUCUCUUUGAAUUAACACUGUUCUGCUUUAGGACUUGAAUGAAACUAUAUUAAAAAAAAAAAGAGUUUUCUCUAUAUGCAGUGCAUGCCAGCUUUGCUUUUAAAAUUACAAAGUUUAACAGAGUAUGUGGAUCUAUUUUCUUGGGGAAGAGGGAUUUUUAUCAUAUUGUUCAUCCAGGAUUUGCCUUACCCUGACAUUUGUGAUAUAAGUUUUAAAAAUGUGUAAAAAUUGAAAAAGGUAAUUUUCUUGAUCAAAAAAAAAUGUUUUUACUUCAAUGCAAAGAAACGUAGAAUGUUGCUUGCAAAAUGUCUUUUAAUAGAUGGUCUAGUAGUUAUGUGGGUUAACAUAUGCCUUUUUUGUUACUUUGUCAUUUACAUGCUGAACCCGAGUCUUGUUAUUUUCCUUGUAACUGAAAUAACCAAUGCCUUCAUAACUACCUUGUUAAAGCAAAUAGUUAAUAAAGCUUGUCCUGAAGACAAA